CGGGGGCUCCGGGCGGGGCGGGGGCGCGGGGAGCGGCGGCCGGCGGGGCAUGGCGUCCAUGGCGGCGGCGAUCGCGGCCUCGCGCUCGGUCGUCAUGAGCGGGAACCGGCCCCUGGACGAGCGGGAGCGGAAGCGCUUCUCCUACUUCGCGUCGCUGAGCCCCAUGGCGCGGAAGAUCAUGCAGGACAAGGAGCGGAUCCGCGAGAAGUACGGGCCCGAGUGGGCGCGCCUGCCGCCCGCGCAGCAGGACGCGAUCAUCGACCGCUGCCUGGUGGGUCCGAGCGCCCCCGCGCCCCGCGCGCCCGGGGACCCCGAGGAGCCGGCGCGCUUCCCCGGCCUGCGCGGACCCACGGGCCAGAAGCUGGUGCGCUUCGGGGACGAGGACAUAACUUGGCAGGACGAGCACUCGGCUCCUUUCUCCUGGGAGACGAAGAGCCAGAUGGAGUUCAGCGUCUCCUCCUUAUCCAUCCAGGAGCCCAGCGGCGGCCCCGCCAGCGAGCCCCGCCCGCCGUCCAAAGCCUGCCAGGCCCCCCAGGCCCUCCGGCCGGCCCAGGGCAGCAAGUCCUCCAGCCUGGACGCCCUGGGCCCCGCCCGGAAGGACGAGGAGGCCGCCUUCUGGAAGAUCAACGCCGAGCGCUCCCGCGGGGAGGGGCCCCAGGCCGAGUUCCCCUCGCUGACCCCCAGCCAGAUCAAGUCCAUGGAGAAGGGGGAGAAGGUGCUGCCCGCCAGCUACCGGCCGGACCCCGCCCCGAGGGACAGGGAGGCCAAGGCGGAGCGGCCCGGCCACCCGCGCGCGGAGCCGCUGGCCCUCCCCGGCGCCGGCGUCCAGCCCGAGGGACCCCCGCCCGUCGGGGCCUGCACCGGGGCGUCGGAGGCGGGCGCCCCCUCGGAGCCCGUGGGCCAGCCGCUCUCCCCCGGGGCCGGCCCCAUCGAUGGGGAGAUGGCGGAUGAGCUGUUCUCCGAACCCAGCGCCGCACAGGUCAGCGCGAGCAGUGUCAUCCUGAAGACGGGGUUUGAUUUCCUGGACAACUGGUAAAGCGAGUCAGACACGCGCGCAUAGACCCCACAGAGAAACCAAGAACCCCCGACGAUUCCCGCGGAGGUGCGGCCGGCGGGCGCGGGCGGAAAGGGCAGCCUUUCCCGGUCUCUGUACGCGGUUAUUUUUUUUUUUGAAUCUUUUGGAAACUGUAAGAAUCGCCGCGUCCAGAUUUCCAGAGCGCCCCCCUCUUUUGGCUAAGACCCGAUGUAUCUGCCAUUUUCCACGAUUUGCUAACCGAAGUUUUUGCAUUUGGAAUUUUUAAAGACUGGUAGGCGUUCCUGCUGUGCGCCGGCUCCCGCUCCUCUGGCAAAGGGCUCUCUCUCCACCGGUCACACAAGCGACAGGCGUGGCCUCCAUCUCCUUCUCCUUCGUCCCCCAUCCCCCCCUUUGUUCUCCGUGGGGGUUUCCGUGGACGGUUUACCGUGGAUGGGUGGUCGCCGGUGAUGCCCGCAGUGUGGCAGCAGCGCGCCGGCUGCCAGGGUGGGCAUAUUUGUUCCCCACGUGCCCGCCUCCCACCCUCACCCCCAGUCCCAGCCGCCCAGGGCUCCCCUGGCCGACCCCACCCUUCGCCCCUGCGUCAUGUCCAGGAAACAGACGUGAGGCCUGGCCGGGGGCGUCUUGGGGCCCCUGCCUGGUACCCGGGCAUCCUUGCGUCCGUCCGUCCGUCCGCGUUGCAUGUCUAAACGUUUUGUGUUAACGUCUCAUUCCUUCCUGUCGAGACCUAGCGGCGGUGGGGCUACCCCUCUGCUUGCGUUUGUACUGUGUUCCUCCUGGAAGUUCUUCGCUGCUGAUGUGGCCCGUGGGUGUCCCCACCCGCCCCCCCUCUCCACACCGAGGGCGGGUGGCGGGGUCACCCGAGGACAGGGCUCUUCUGAUUGGUUGCGAGACCUUCCAGCCCGACCCUGGCUGGGGCAGGUCCCGUCGGUCACCACGGACCCUCCCGAGCCCUGCCCGCCCGCAGAAGCUCAAGAGUCCAGUUUCUGCGGGGACCUGGAGACCUCUGUCGUCAUAGCAACGGCUCCCAGGCUGCCCAGGGGAGCAGGGCGGCCCCUGCACCCACCGGGUGGGAGGAGUGGACCCGCCACCCCCCCUCUUCGCCCACCGGAGUCGGCCCGGCCCCCCGGAGCUGCGCGAACCCGCGGGACGCGCCCCAGCGUGAUGGACACGGCACCUCUCACUGUGUUCUGCUCACCGACGCCUUAAUCCCCGCCCCUCCUGCCAGCCAGCACCUGGUCCAAGCCUCUGGGUUUUUUGGGGUUUUU